AUGAGUGGCCUGAUCAGUGAAUUACCAGGGGCCCUAUCUGUGACCCCCGACCUCUUCCAGUCUGAGACGCAAGAUCUGGCCUAUAAAUCCACCCUGACCCACUGUCAACAGUUAAACGAGGAAAAAAAGUUCAUACAGAGCUCACAUGUCUCUUCUGUGUCGCUCUCUGACAUUGCAGCAGCCAGGCGAGGGGCAACGUGUGAAGACCCGAUCAUCAAACUGAUAGAAGUCAAAAAAGUCAGUGAUGGGUUGAAUGUCUGCUACUCGGGGGACACGCUGACCCUGGAGAGGGCUUUUCAGUGUGGUGUGAUACCUGCUUCCAUGUAUGUAGAGAUUCUGCAGAGGCAAAACACCGGUCAGAUUAUGGAGGCUGCCAGUGAGGAUGUGCCAGUGGACGAGGUCAAUAGACUGAUAUUAAAGUGCCUCAGCAGAAAAAAAUCACUGACAUCAGGGAGAGAUAUUAGCACUUUGAGGUUGUUUUGUGAUGGUUUAAGUGACCAGGAUAUGACAGAGGCUGUGAUGAGUGAUAAGUUAAAGGUGGAUGCAGCGGUUCAGUGUGAUUUGAUGAGCUGUAGCAGCACACUCAUUGUGCUUGAAAAUCAGAAGCAGUUUAUAGGACUCGUGUUGCCUCCCUCUGGGGAAAUCCAAACUGUGUCCACCUCAUUCAAGUAUGAUCAACAAACCACCACUGAGGAGUUUACCAGCUCACUGUUCGCUAAUCGGGAAAAAAUAGCAGCUUUUUACAUUCCAGAAAUUUCCGAGGUGGUGGAUAUGACCUCCGCCAUACAGAAGGGUUUGAUUGACACCUACACAGCAGAGAUUUUGAAAACUAUAGAAAUUCCUGAUGUGUUACCUGAUCACCUUAACGACAAGUUUUCAUCUUGGCUCAUGUACAAAAAACUCACAGCUGAUGGAUGCCUUCAUGCUGCCGAUUGCUUGACAGUUGAUAACAUCCCUACACAAGCAGAAGCAAAGCAGUUAUUCAUCUCCUACCUGUUUUUGAACAGCUACAUAGAUCCAGAGUCAGGACAGAGGGUGUUAAUACUCGAUAGACAGUUGAGUAAAAUGAUUAAAAUCUUUCUGGAAGAUUCAAUAUUGUCUGAGAAAAAUGUAACUUCUCUGGAUUUUAAUGUAGGGGAUCAUUCAGAAAGGGAAGAUUUAGAGAUACCUCUGCACAUAAAUGAGGAAACGGAGGAGAAAUACACACUGCACACAUUGGAUCCUAAUAACUCAGUUUCGUCCCUCAAUGGAAGAAUUAGCUUUGCUGAAAAAACACAUGAAUCUGACGAGGCUGUAAAAGAUGAAUAUUCAUUAGAUGAGGAUUCUGACAUGGACACCACAGAGCUUUGUGUAGUAGAGGAAACCACGUAUCAAAACAACACAAAUUGGACACAGGCAAAUGAAUUUGCAGGGAGAAUUCCUGAAAAUAGUCUCCAAAAUAGUAUUGGAGGCGCUGAUAGCGAAGGUCUUGAUACCCCAACUAUUCCAGUCCUUCAAACUUUACACUUAGUGAACAGAACAAACGUCACCUCCCCUUCGAGGACGUUUGACUCUGAGUGUUCAGUAACAUCCAACCGACAAACACUUCCAUACUACGAUGCAGAGUCACUUUGUAGUGAAUCAGAAGGUACAGAUAUCACCCAAGAUGAGUUGUUAUGCUCUGAGGACAUGUUGGAUGAUGAAAAUGAGCAAGAAUAUGUUAUUCAUCUUCUGAAAGGGCAAAUGGAGGAAGGAGAGAUUUCAGAUGUAAACUUACGUUAUGACCUGGAGGCAGUACUUGGAAUACAAUCGGAUGAUAACGAAAGUGUCGUAGAAAAUGAGGAGGAUACAUUAUCGGUUUUAAAACAGCCUGUGUAUGAUGAAUCCACAUCCUCAAAUAUUCAUAAAAUGGAACAGCAGAGCCUAUUAAGGGAUGCUUGCACCAUUAGCAUCAGUGAGUCGGUGGAGUCUGGAUUAUUUGUAGAUGAUUUAAACCCUGAGGCCAGAAUUUAUCCACAAGAACAGUGCACUACCUCUAUCUCUGGUAAUCAUAGUCUGCAUUUUAUUAAUAAUAAUGAGGCUGAAAACACGCAUACUGAGAGGAAAAUUGCUGUCAUGGUGCUUGAUCUGAUCCACGAGGAAGCUGAUAACACAGAGAAGGAAAGUGGAAGUACAGAUUCAGAGUUAGAUUGGGAGAAAACAGGAAGUGUAGGAGAGAUGAGUGAUUGUCCGCAUCAUUCCCCUCCCUCAGUUAGCGGUCAAGAGUCUCUGAUGAUGUCACCCGCCUCAUGGAGUCAGGUUACCGCAGAGGGCUUUCAUCAUAUUGACAAAUCACUUUUCCCGGCUGAAGGCAGUGACUCACAGGGUGUAAUCAAUAACCAACCGACAGAUAUGGCCGUUGUCAGACAAAAAGGUGCUCCAACUACACAGUCACGUUCAUCUACUGUGAGCGACAUCAUCACUGAUCCAGAAAGCCUCACUCAUUACGGCACAUCUAUUAAUCAUGCGUUUGACAGCUCACCCGUUGAUAAUGAUUAUUUCAUUACCAGAAAUGAAGUAGGAGAUCAGACAGUUAGUGAGAGUGACUUAGACAUGUCCUCAUCACACAGCGAUGUGUUGUGUGAGGGAAGUAGAGCGGAGAAUGACACGAGUUCAGUCCUGUCACAUUUGGACGAGCAAACACUGAACAUAGAUUACUCAUCACAAAGAGAUUUGGCUGAAAGUGUAACCAUGUCAGAGUUCAGGGGUAAUUGUAGCUAUGACAACAACAUUACAGAAGAUGGCAGCAGAAAUACAUUACCUCAGCGAGCAGCGCUUUGUUCAGAUCGUGAUUUUAGUGUUGGAUCGGAGUCUAGCUGCUCUGAAAAUGAUCAGAGAUCUUCACAGUUGCACGCUGUUUCCGAUGAACUCACCGCAAUAAAUGCUAUUAAUCUGAAGUGUUUCAAUGUUGAAGCUUCAGGCCAUUACACUCUAACUACCACCAGAGUUUCACUUGAAACACCACUGGCGGAUGAAGUUAUGUCACAGCAUGGAGCUGCAGAGGAUGAUGAGUUAGGCACUAAACAUUUUUCCCCUGAGAGGCAACAUGAGGACAUUUUCACCAGUGAGACUAAAGAGAUAUCUGUGUCAAGAAAUGCACAGACAGAAAGUGACUAUGAAAAUGUGGAUAUUGCUGGAGAUGUGUCAGAAAUGAAUUCAGGGCAAUCUAAAACUAUAAUAAGUGUAUUGUUAGAAUCUGAUAUUCUUUCAGAGGUAGACAGAUUAGAUGUGUUUGCUUCAGAGCAUCCCCAGGUAGAUACUGACUUCCUAUCAGAGAGCCUUGUUUCAUAUGGUGCGUCAUCUUCAACUCCAUCAGGGUUUUAUCCUGAAAGUGUAGAUGACAAGGGGGACAGUGUUACAAAAGGGACUGAUGUCAGUGAUUUGCAAGAGGCCCAAACUCAAGACGAUGAAAAUAUCGUGACCAAAGCUCAGAGCACUCCACCACCUUUAGAUGAAAGUGUUUCUCAUGAGAGAGACUCCCCUCAUGGACUUAUAGAGAGCAGUCAUCCAGACCUGCUCAUGGAUUUACUGAAGCAAAACGCCCUUAGUUUGAACAACAUAGCAAUAGAAAACUCAGAACUGAUAAUGCAGAAAGAGAAAGCCGGUGAGAAGACAGAAAAUCAGUCUGAUGCUCCAAACAUCCAGCUGCAGCUGCUGCAGGUUCUGAAGACUGUGUCCACAAGCCAAGACCUUUCAAUGCUUCAGGAAGUGAUGGACACUCUCAACAGUGCCCUGGGGGGGGACACCCUUGGGGGGGAAUCUCAGGAGGAGCGACGGCACACACUGGAGAGCAUCAAGGAGGAGAGCUCAGAGGGGGAAGAUGAGGAGUCAGCCGAUGACGACUCUGGUCUCGGUCGCUCUGCUGCAGGCAAGCACAAACUGUCCCCUCAGGAGUCUGAUGCCUCCAAAGUUGAGGAAGUAAAAAAAAAGCUGUUUUCCGUCCAGGAUUAUCUGGAGUGUGUUGGGAGGCUGCAGGAUCACGCUGAUGUUUUAGAAGAUGUCAGAAAAGACCUUUUAAUCCAGCCACCCAUCAGUAACAACAUGGAAGACCUGCAGAUCCAAAUGGAGGAUUUUCAGUCUCAGGAGUCCCAGUUUCGACUGGCCGGUGUUAUGACAGCAGAUCUGGAGAAAGCCAAACAGCUCUUGAAUUCCGUUGAUGAGGACAUUCCCUUGCAAAUUCACCAAGAUUUGGCCUCGACGUAUCUGGAUUUAGAACCAAAUUUCACUGCUGUAAUCCAAAUGUCUGCUGAAAUGAGAAACUCCCUAACUCAAGCAAUAGAAACGGGAAAGGUACAUUUGGAAUCAACAUACCAGAAACAUCUUAGUUGUCUCGGUGAACUAGCAGGCUUCAUCCAGAACAACUCAGAGACGUAUGGCGAGGAUUUGAAAACAUCUGAUCUGGACACUUUGAAACAUUUGAUUCAACAGAACAAAGACACAGAGAGCAGACUGUUUAAAGAAGUCAGGCUCAAGUUAGAAGAUGUCACAUUUGAUAUCCAGUGCUUUAUUUCUGAGCAUGCUCAGUUUCUGAGUCCAACUCAGAGCAGCCACCUCCUAAAGUUCCUCAGCUCCACGCAGCGGUUGUUCAGGGACCAGACAGAGAGACUGGUUACCCAGAGGAGCGCUCUAAAUGUCUUACUGGACACCAGGGAGAAGGAGAGCCAGGAGAAGGCCUUCAAGACACCAGUGAACUAUUAA